GAUGUCCCGGAACCGGAAGCCUGAGGUUUAGUCCCGCCCCCCCACGCUUCACCUCUUGGAUCCGCAGCUUCUGAUCUGUAGUUAUGACUGGACGCGGGACUUCGAGUCGCUUCUUGGCCAGUGUCCUCCACAACGGACUGGGUCGCUACGUGCAGCAACUGCAGCGUCUCAGCUUCACCCUCAGCCGCGACGGGGCCUCGUCCCGCGGUGCCAGGGAGUUCGUGGAACAGGAGGUGACCGACUUUGCCCGACGGAACCCUGGAGUCGUGAUAUAUGUGAACACGCGGCCCUGUUGCGUGCCCCGAGUAGUGGCAGAAUACCUUAACGGGGCUGUGCGCGAGGAGAGCAUCCACUGCAAGUCGGUGGAGGAGAUCGUGACGCUCGUGCAGAAGCUGGCCAACCAGUCCGGCUUGGAGGUGAUCCGCAUCCGCAAGCCCUUCCACACAGACAACCCUAGCAUCCAGGGCCAGUGGCACCCCUUCACCAACAAAUCAACCACGUUUGGCGGGCUACGCCCCCGAGAGGUCCCGGAUCCUGCCUCAGAAUAGGUGCAAGCACAGUGAAGAGUUGUCCCACCACCUACAGCCCCAGGCUAUGGACCUUUAUUUCAGUAGAGCUGAUUCUUCCUCUUUGGGAUUCCAACCCUAGGCAGACAAAUGGAACCCACCCAAACGAGAAGUUGACGCCAGAGGUAUUGUUUGGAUUAAAGAAGAGCUGCCUGUUUUCUUUCCAGUGCUCACUUCUACUUCUUAACCAGUGACAUCUCUGAAACAUGAGCUGAGAGAACCUUCAAGGAUUUGUUUUCUGAAAUCCAAAUUAAUAAUAGUGAUCUCAAAACACAAUAAGGAGUGUCAUGGCUGGCUUUUGAAAAAUCUCUGCUGGUUUUGCUGCUACAACCAUUGAGCUAGAGAGAGCUAGUUCUGUGCUGUGAGCCUGGCAUUGUGCUAUGCAUUUUGUGUGACUGUGUACAGAUUAGAAAACUUAGGUUAACAAACUUGACCUGCAGUCAUGCUUGAUGUCUUAUUUCAAAACGUGCAUAUUCUAAGCAUAAAAGCCAUUUUUCAUUAUUCUAAGACUAGUAGAAUAUAUAACAUUCCUUUGGGAUGGUUAAUAUCAACAGCCAUAUGAUUGAUAUAGGCCUGACCCCUGGAGGGAAUGAUUCUCAGAACACAUCCCUGGUAACAAGCUUUCCCUGAUCCCGGCUGCAGAACUCCCCUUCUCUAGGCACCUCUUUGUACAGAAAUGAAUCCGUGUUUUCCUUUGGGCUAGUGGGUGGGUGCUCUGAAAAGCUUCUUGAAGAAGAGAAGGAGAAGAGAUAAAUGAUUAUGUUCUAAGUUA